AUAAUCUUAGGAUUAGCAUGUUCCUGAAAACAUCAAGGUGAGAUACAUGUGUAUACUUUCAUAUUUACGUGUGUUCAUGUAUGAAUCAUCAGAUUCCAAACCAUCUGAAAUACAUAUUACAGUGAAACCUCUAUUAAUAAUGUUGGAACUAGUUUUUUAUUAAUUUAUAUAGAGAUUAUUAAUUUAUCGAUAUACUAAUUGAACCAAAAAUUCAAUUUGAGACUAUAAAAUUAUAUUAUUUUAUAGAGAUUUUUAGUGUAUAUUAAUUUAUAGAAUAUUAAUUUAAAGAGGUUAUACUGUACAUGAAUUAUCCAGUCUUUAAACCAUAAUUCUUUCAAUAUAUUCUUGAACAUUAUAAUGCAAUAAGAAAAUCGGCUCUGUAUAUGUGUUUCACUGAAAUCACUUAACAGAAAAAACAUGCUUGUUGGUUAAAGUUCUCUUCCCAGUCGAACAAAGUCUCAGUUUUGUAUGUUUUCAUUCUGAUGAUGUUAUAUACUUAUAUUGUAUGAAGUGUCAUUAGAAGAGGUGCACUCACUUAUUGACGUCUGAAGUUUUAAGGUAUCUCUAUUGCAGCAGUUGUUUCAUAUAUUAAGAUUGAAAAGGUUAUUCUUUAUUCACAUGGUGACUGAGUAUUAUGAAUCAUUCAGUACAGAGCCAACACAAUUAUAUGUUUCUUUGAUUAGGAUCCAAUCUCAAACAAUUUUUAAAAAGAUACAUAUAAAGUAGAAGGAACCAAAACAUAUAAUUAAUUUGUCUUCUUUAAUGAGAUGUAAUUUCUUUAUGAAAAAACGUUGUGGAACUAUUUAUUGGCCAUCAUAUUGCUGAUGAUGCUCUGAACUUGGUGCUCAGAGAGAUCAAACAUCUGGAUAAGCUUAUCUAGACUUAGGGACUCAAAUGAGGCAGAGUAUGUGAACAAGUAAGUCUCCGGGACUUAGAAAUAUUGAAAGUCUCCUUUGGUGAGACCUCGAGUUGCUGAUAUGACUAGGCCUAGCUAUGACAUGGCCACACAUGUUCUAAGAAGGAGCAGUGAAUGCUUUGAAAGUGUGAAUGUUUCGAUGAUUAUCUCACUGAUCACAAGAAUGUAUUUAUACAAGGAUUCAUAUCUAUUGAUAUCUACCGUAUCAUAACUACGUAAAGAUAUACACAAGAAUAUACUUAGGAUAUUGGAAUUUCCUAACUAACACUCCUCCGCAUUUGGAGCAGAGGUUCUUGAGAUAAUUACUUGUUUAUUUUUAUAGAUAUUGAAACACACUCACGUAGUAUUAGGCUUGAGAAUCAAUAGUUAUGAAAAGAAAAAUUAUAUGAAAUUGUGAUAGAAUUUUUAAAAAACAAGAGAUUGAAUAACUAUCCAAAAAAUAAAUAUUAUUUUAGAAAAUUUAUAAUCAAAAGAAAAUAAAUUUCUUUAUUGUAUUAACGUAAAUACUGAUUUAGUAACUAAAUUGAAUUUUUCUUAUGAAAAAAGUAUUAUAUUUUAAAUGAAAAAUAUUUAACUAACGUUAUUAACAAUCGUAGAAAAUGUUCUUAAACAAAAAGAAUCCAUAAAUUUUUAUGAAAGUGAGAUUUGUAUAAAAGGAAAUUCAUUUUUUUAAAUCACAUGUUUUAAAUAUCAAAAAUCAGUAUUUUUUUAAGAUUAUUUUUGAUACUAAAUUCCAAUAUGAUAUAUGAUUUUAUAAAAAACAUUAAGAAAAACGAAAAUAUAUAUAGAUAAUAUUAGUAAUGGAAAUUAGUAAAAUAUAGCUUAUGAGAUUUAUAUAAAAUGAAAUUUCUUAUUGUCAAAUUACAUGUUUUAAAUAUAACAAAUUGCUAUGUAUUUUUACUUUUAAGAUAGUUCCUUUUGAUACUAAAUUUUUUUUUAUUCUAUAUUUCUUUAUGAUAUUGAUAUGAUUAUAUUUAUACAUAUAUUAAAAACGAAAAUAAAAAUAGUUUACAGAUAUUUUCCCUUUUUAUUUAAAAAUAUUCAUAAAAACUAAAAUAGAAAUUUUGAUAAUGAUAAUUAAAAAAUAGUAUUAAUUCGUUAAAGUUACCAAUAUAAUAAGUCAUUGUGAGAAUUAACGUGAACACGGUACAUAUUAAACUGAUUUCUCAAAUAACAUUAUAGAGAUAAAAAAUGUUAUUUUAAAAACACUUGGAUUCAAUUUCACUUUAUUUUUGUAUAAUAUAAAAAUGCAUUCAAAAUAUGCUUCGUUAUGCUACAUAUCCCCGCAACAAAAACAAAUCAAUCAGCUAUGGGACUCUAUGGAUUACACAAACAAUUCAAUCUAUAGUUUCGAAGACGUGGAUAAUGAACCCACCAUGAUGAUGAUAAUGAUUGUUUUAUUUGGUUUGAUGAGCAUGUCUUGCUUUGGAAAAAAAACCCACUGACACGCCAAUAACAGACCGAACAACAAAAACAUGUCAACGUGUUACAACACAGAACCACACAGCCGAUCCCGCGAUUGUUCCACACGCGCCUAUAUGAUCUCUCGUCUUCCAUUUUUGGAAACCAAAACUUUUCUUCUUCAUUCAUCUUCCUCUUUCUUUUUCGAUAUGAUCUGACUCCAAAAGCAGGAAUCAAACCCUACACGGCGACUAUAUAUAUAAAGAGAGACACCAUGAACCCGAUUCAGCCCCCUCCUUCUCCGAUGAAGAACCGCUUCCGCAAACGUCCUGACCUCAGCCUACCACUCCCACACCGCGACGUAGCCCUCGCUGUGCCUCUCCCCCUCCCUCCUCCUCCCUCCACAACCUCCGCGCCCACGUCAGGCUCCGCCAUCUCCCCCAACGUCUCCGCCGCGAAAAGCUUGUCCGAGCUAGAACGUGUCAACCGCAUCGGAAGCGGCGCGGGAGGAACGGUUUACAAAGUGAUCCACCGUCCGACUUCGAAACCCUUCGCUCUCAAGGUCAUCUACGGUAACCACGAAGACAACGUGAGGCGCCAGAUCUGCCGCGAGAUAGAGAUCUUGCGAAGCGUCGAUCACGCCAACGUAGUGAAAUGCCACGACAUGUUCGACCACAACGGGGAGAUUCAAGUCUUGCUCGAGUUCAUGGACGGAGGAUGUCUAGAGGGAGUGCACGUGUCACGAGAGGAGGAGCUCUCGGACAUGUCUCGGCAGAUUCUCAGCGGUUUGGCUUAUCUCCACCGUCACCAUAUCGUCCACCGCGACAUCAAGCCGUCGAAUCUUUUGAUCGACUCGGAGAAGAACGUUAAGAUCGCUGAUUUUGGAGUGAGUAGGAUCUUGGCGCAGACCAUGGAUCCUUGUAACUCCUCGGUUGGUACCAUUGCUUACAUGAGCCCCGAGAGGAUUAAUACCGACCUGAAUCAUGGACGUUACAACGGUUACGCUGGAGAUGUGUGGAGUCUUGGUGUUAGCAUUUUGGAGUUUUACUUGGGGAGGUUUCCUUUUGCUGUGAGUAGACAAGGUGACUGGGCGAGUCUAAUGUGCGCCAUUUGUAUGUCUCAGCCGCCUGAAGCUCCGGCCACGGCGUCUGAGGAGUUUCGUCACUUUGUGUCUUGUUGUUUGCAGAGUGAUCCUCCCAAGAGAUGGUCUGCGCAACAGCUUCUGCAGCAUCCUUUCAUACUCAAAUCAACCAGAGCUCCGGGGUCUUAGUUUUUGCUUUCCCGUUUUGCCCUUAUCAUCUUCUUUUUUUCCUAUAUUCUUUUGCUUACAUAAGUUUUGUGGUGAUUGUGAUUAGGGUAAUGAUUUGAUUAGGGAAGAGACACAGUUUUGAGUCUUGUCAUGAAUGAUGAAGAUUGAGUUUGCAUGGCCUGUAGUAGCUUUAUUAUUAUUAUUGUUUCACAUCUUUCAUUUGUUUUUUUUUUUUUUUUUUUUUUUUUUUGUAACACUAUCAUUUGUUUUAAACUAUCAUUAAUUAAUAAAGCUUCUUCUUUUGUUUCAGUUCUGCUUUCUUCUUCUUUUUUGCUUUGUCGUUUUAUGGUGUUGAUUGUAUAAUAAUUGAGGAAAAGUUGAAAGCUUGUCUUUUGACCUCAGCUUUCACCUAGUUUCUUCUAAUCUUGCCUUAGUGCGAUUAGGAAUCUAAUCUAAUUUAAGUGUCCAGUUCAGGUUUCUAGCUUCUCAACCUGUAUCUACUACGACAGUCUACUUCAUGUUUAUUAUGUUGGUCAUAAAAGUGAACAAAAGGUUUUUACAUUUAUAUUGCUCUCUUUUACCAUAUUCCACUUUUUGGUGUGAUGCCCUUUCCUUCCCCUUCUUAUACUCUCAGCUUAAUGAUUUGUGAACUUGUAUAUGACUGCUUCUAUAUUUUAGUUUCUAGAACUAGUCUUUGUUGUUUUAAACUCUCUCAGUACAGAUAUGGGAUAGUAGAGAUGAACUUUUCUGUUGGCAUAACCUAGACGAACCUGUUGGGGCUUUAUUUGAUCUCGACUUCUAACCACAACAGUGGGUAUGUUUCUGCUCCUUAAUCUUCUAUUGAUCUGAAAUAGUUGUAAUUCUUCUUUUAGGAGGAUCGUGAAAUGAUAAUAGGAAUGUUACGUUGUUGAAGGUAGUUUUAGCUUUAGGUUAUUCCAUACUUCCAAAUACUCCUUUCGUUCCUUAAAAUACAUAUUCUGGAGAAAAAUUUUGUUUCUAAAAUAUUCAAUUUUUUACAUUUUCAAUGCAUGUUUUAUUAACUAAUUGCAAACUUCAAAAAUCUUAAUUGCACUGAUUUAUUUUUUAUUGGCUUAAAAUUGUGGAAAGAAGAUAACACAAAAAAUUAUGCAAAUUUAAUGUGUUUUAUUAAAAUGUGUGAAAAAACUAAAAUAUGGACCUUUUAGAAACAGAUGGAGUACAAACAAGACAUGGAAACUAGCGCGUAACUAAAACUUUAUAGUACUACUAAUUAAUAAACUAUAGAAGCGCCCUUGACUUUACAGGAUUGAUGUCUUGAAACCAAAUCGGAU